GAGAGGUAUGUUAAACAGAACCUGCCAGUCAUAGCUGUUUUGAGUGGUUUGAGCGCACAGUUCAAUGAGUAGCUUUAUCAACUACAGGCGGUCAGCGAUUGCGGGUGUUUAUAGAGGUGUUUGUCGUGUAUAUGGAGGCUAUGUUAUAUGGCAGAUGAAGUCUAGACCAACAGCCUGAGCUGGAACGCAAGUGAUGGAUUUCACGACUCUGUACGAAGCUUCCCAUCUUCUGAAGAAAGAUGUCACGCCACUUGUUGAGGAUGUUGACGCCGAUACUGCCAAUUUUACGACACUGACGAUCAGAAACCUUAAGUAUGUAAUAAACGAGCGAAGAGGUCCCUGGUGGAAGGGGGCUUGCUUUAGGAAGGUUCGGCGGAAAACAGUCCUCAACAAUGUAACAAUGUCCAUAGAGAGUGGUCAACUGACAGCUGUAGCAGGAAGCUCUGGUUCUGGUAAGACGUCCCUGCUGGACGUGCUGUCAUUCCGGACCGAGGGUAAGGUGAGCGGGGACCUGGUGUUCAAGCGACGGGUCUGUACAAAGGCGAUGAUGAAGCUGGCCUCCAGUUACGUGAUGCAGGCUGACCGCCUCCUGCCCAACCUGACUGUCCGGGAGACGCUGCGGUACACCGCCUACCUCAAACUGCCCAAUCACUACAGCAAAUCUCAGGUGGAAGGCAAGGUACAACGUGUGAUAAACGAAAUGGGUCUCCACCAUGUCGCAGAAAGCAGAAUAGGCGGCGCUGUGAUUCGUGGUAUUUCAGGGGGAGAGAAGCGGCGAGUGACCAUAGCUAUUCAAUUACUACAAGAUCCUGAGAUUCUUCUACUGGAUGAACCCACGUCCGGUUUGGAUAGCUUCACUGCAAGAUAUCUGGUCUCGAACCUCGCUGACCUAGCCCACAGGGGCAGAAUUGUUAUUUUGACAAUACACCAGCCUCGUUCGGACAUUUUCAAGCUGUUUGAUCAAGUGGCUAUUUUAUCGAGAGGGGACCUGGUGUAUGCAGGGCCGGCCGAUCAACUCGUGCCGUACUUCACAGGGAUUGGCUACCCGUGUCCCAUAUACUCAAACCCCAUGGACAGAUACAUUGAUGUAGCUAGUGUGGAUCGCAGGGAUGCGAAGCGUGAAGAAGAGACUUCUAACAGAGUGUAUGGGCUGGUUGAGUCGUACGCCAAUUCUGAUAUACACCGCGAGAUUCAGCAGAAGUGUUCUGACAGUAUGGCGUCUGUUGUGAAAUCCAGACGUAAACCACAGCCAUCAAAGGGGCCGGGGUGGCCUCGAAUAAUGAACACAAUUAUCAGUCGGAUGUUUGUAAACCUGUAUCGUGAUCGCAGCAACUUCAUAUCUCGCUUCCUGACGCUGCCGUUCUACGUCGUGUUCGUCGUCAUCUUCCUGGGGAAGCUGGAACACAACCAAGAGAGCGUCCAGGAUCGAACUGGUUUACUCUACCAGAGUGUGAGCGCGCCUCCGUACAUCGCCAUUGUCAAUGCGGUGGCACUGUUUCCUCCUAUCCGAGAAGUGUACUACAGAGAAUGCCGGGACGGGUUGUACUCCGCGGCUUCGUUCAUCUUGGCAUACGCCAUCCACUGCAUGCCUUUCGUCAUGGUGGCCAGCACCAUCUUCGGAUCAACCAUAUAUUGGAUAUGUGGUAUGUACCCAAGUGUUGACCGAUUCGCCAUGUAUUUGGCUAACGUGUUCAUCCUGAGUUACUCGGGGGAACUCAUCAUCAUUGCCACGAUGGGACUCUUCUUGAACCCUCAGUUAGCCAACAACAUGAUUUCUCUCUUCUUCACAGCAGCCAUUCUCCUGUCAACGGGUUUCCUCAGGUCUGUGGAAAGCAUGCCUCGGAUUCUGCAGUGGCUGGGGUACUCCAUGAUAUACAAGUACUCCAGUGAGAUAUUUGUCGCCAACGAGUACCACAAUCUGACUCUGACGUGCGACAGAAACAGCACCACUCCCUGCCUGUUUCCCAACGGUGACGCUUACAUCAAGAUGCUGUUCCCGCACGCCCUGGAUAACAUUGCACGCAACUUUUACAUCAUGACCGCCUUCACUGGAGGAUUUCUCAUCCUUGCUUACCUAACAUUCAAGAUCCGUGGGAUCCCAAACCUUCAGUGACACGACUAUUAGAAUUAUCAGAAUGCUUAUAUCGACAAGUUCGAGUGUUUAUUGUUGAACGUCAAAACGGCUUUCAUGUUCAAACUCGUAUCUCUGCACGAUUUAGAUUCUCAAGGAUGUUAUGAUAUGGUCGAGCCUGCUCUCAUGAAUAACUGCUUUGUGUUUUGUAAGUAAGCGGACGGCCAAUCCCAAUAUGGUUCUCAGGAUGGGCAUAACAUGCGGAUGCAGCAGCAAUAUUACUUGUUUGAAAACUGAAAAUAUUCUGCUUUCAAGCGCGGUUCCGUGUUGGGAGAGUCGAGGGGUCUGGACUCCUCUGCUGACUGUUUUUAAAGUGCAAUCACUGCUGAUAUAGGUUUUGCCGUUGUCGUGUAUAUAACAUCAUUUGCCCAGGAAAUAUACAUUACAGUUGGGUCCACAGUCCCGACAUGGCUUGAAGGCGAUUAAAGACUAAUAUAUUUGACAAAUGCAAUAUUUGGAAAACGAGUUUUAUGUUUGAUAGAUAUAUUUCAGAUUUUGUCAGUUUAGAUGGUUGCAUAUUGUGAAAAUAAACACGUGUCAUCUAAAAA